CGAUUCUGCACCUUCCUUGCAUUUACUUCACCGUACACCGUUUCUUUUCCUUCUUCGCCCCACUGCAAGCAAGGACAUACAUGUCGCCCCACUAAUACAUUCGACAAACUAUCACCAUGGAGGCACCGCUGGCCCCUGGCGCGGCCAACGGCUUGCACACGCCUAGUCCAACCCCACCCGCAAUCGACCCCCAGAUAAUCGUCAACCACCUGGAAAAGAUUCUCGAAGUCAGCCUUGGCGCAGAAGAGCAAGACCUCUACGCCACCGGUAGUCUGCUCUCGCCCGCCAGGACACCAGAUACCCUGAAGCGAUGCGCCCGCUUCGCUGCCGAGGGGCAGUCGACGCUGUACAUUGUGAAGGAAAGGAUCGCUGCGCCUCAUAUAGACGGACUGGAUGACACCAAUGGCGUCUCCCAGCGCUUUACAUACUCUGUUUCCUCUGAACUCACGGCAUCUCCAACCUGCGCGGCGUUUGUUGUCAUUUCGAAGCGACCAACGAUACCCCUAGAUCCUGCGAUACCCCUCUUCAAUCAAGUUCAGAUUUCCACUCUUCCAGGCUCUACACUUUUUAAUUCCACUUCCGCGCAAGAUGGUACUCCCUACGAGUUUCUCAGCUCCUUCCUUCAGUCUACGGUCGAGCCGUACUUUGACACCUUUUCCAAGAGUCAGCGUAAUGUGGCGGGAGGAUACAGCAAGGGCGACAACGAUGCUAGGACGGGCAUUUCGGCGGCGAAGAAGAAGAUGGCGGAGCUAGCACUCAGUCUCACUAAUUUGCACCAAAAUGUUGAGAUCCCAGAGCUGCAGCUGCCUUGGCACCCAGUCAUUCAGACUGCACUGGAAGAUGCGGAACACACCGGCAUGAAGCCAUCCCCAGAGCUCAUUCCAGCAGCGAUCGUUCAGGACAGUAGUUUUCUUAAUGGCCUUCAGUCGAUCGUCAACGGAUGGAUCAAGUCGAUACAAACCAUCACCAAAACCUCGCGAGAUGUGUCGACCGGAUCAGCAGCGCAGGAAAUCAACUUCUGGCUCUCGAUGGAGAACAGGCUUCAUGACAUCGAGACACAGCUUGGCAGCCCUGGCGUGAAGCUGACUUUGGAUGUUUUGAAGAACGCAAAGCGAUUUCAAGCAACUGUCAGUUUCAGUGCGGAUACUGGAUUGAAGGAGGCUACAGACUUGGUACAGAAGUACAACCAGUUGAUGCGAGACUUUCCGUUGGACCACCUCCUCUCCGCUCAUUCGCUGCAAGCUGUCCAGGACUCGAUCACUCAGAUCUUUAGCCAUAUGAACAAGAAGCUGCGCAUCUGCCCGUACCCGGUCCGACGAGCGCUCCCUCUUGUGGAAGCCAUAUCUGGAGAGCUCGAUACUCAGCUGCACAAGCUGCUUCAUGGAAAGACACUCAUGCACAUGGACUAUCCUGAGUUCCAGGCUGUCAUGGCAGUUGCAGAAAGCAUCUGGCGCACUUGGGAAGAGAACGUCAAAGAAUUCACGAAUGUCGCUCGUGAGGUGACAAGGCGGAGAAAUGAGAAGUUCAUUCCCAUCAAGAUCGCAGCCCGCCACAAAGAAAUCGAGGAUCGCAUCCGGUACAUUGCGACGUUCAGGAAGAAUCACGAGCAGCUGCAGCGGACCAUUGUCAAUGUCCUCGGCUCUCACUCAACAUUUUCUGAUGGUACACAGAAGGAGGCUGUCAUCGUCGAGGAGAUUGGCGAUGUUGAUGCAGUCAAGGAAGUCAAAGAAGCGUAUGAUGUUCUCAAAGAUGUUGAUGUGCUCAACGUGUCUGCUGAAGGCACGCGACUUUUUGAGCAGGCAGAGCAAAAGUACAAUGAGCGCACAUCUCGUGUCGAGAAUUCUAUCAUUGCUAGGCUGAGGGAUCGCCUCGGUACCGCCAAAACUGCGAGCGAGAUGUUCCGUGUCUUCUCCAAGUUCAACCCGCUGUUUGUGAGACCAAAGAUUCGAGGAGCUAUCUCUGAGUAUCAGACACAGCUCAUUGAGAAUGUCAAGCGCGACAUUCUGGCUUUACACGAGCGAUUCAAGCGUCAGUACGGCAAUUCAGAAGCUCAUGCGAUGGCCCAACUGCGUGACUUUCCCCCUGUUUCAGGUGCUGUCAUCUGGGCACGCCAGAUUGAAACUCAGUUGGAAAACUACAUGAGUAAAGUCGAGGAUGUCCUGGGCAAGGACUGGGCGCUCCACGCUGAGGGCCAAAAACUGCAGGCCGAGAGCAGCAUGUUCAAGAAGAAGCUCGACACCCGCCCUAUCUUUGAGUCGUGGCUGCAGGAAGUUGCUCGGAGAAAACUCUCCAUAUCUGGGCGCCUCUUUCAGGUUGGCAAGAAUCGUGCGGCAGGCAACAUGCUCGAACUGGGUGUCAACUUUGACGGUCAGGUCAUUGCUCUUUUCAAGGAAGUGCGAAACCUGACAUGGCGGGGCUAUCAAGUCCCGCAUGGAAUCAACAACAUCUCCAAGGAGGCCAAGCGCGUUUAUCCCUAUGCUGUCAGUCUGAUGGAGAGUGUACGAACGUAUACCCAAACCGUUCGCUCAAUCUCUGAACUGACUGGUGUCGCACUUCUACUGAACAACUAUGUCAACGACGUUCAGUCACUCGUUGGAAAGGGUGUACCCCUCAAGUGGGAGUCUUUCGUUCACGCCUACGACUUGCACGUUCGGCAAUCCGGGUUUCCAGUUGGAGCAGGCAGCGUUCGAAGCGAGAGCAAGCAUGUACAGUUUGUUCGCGACUUUGCUUCGAAUACAUCGUUACUCCAGACCAAGGUUGCAACGCUAGUCAGCAUCAACGCGAUAGUCGAAAAGGCUUUGAAAGACUUGGAGACCUGUCAGUACAACAAGGAAGCCUUCCAGACCAGCUUGGAGAUUAUUCAGAAGUCGAUUGAUCAGCUCAACCUCGAGAACUACGCCAAUCUCGCUUCAUGGGUGUCUGAUAUGAAUGCACGCAUUGAGUCGAUAUUGCUUGUUCGAUUGAAUCGUGCGAUCUCACUGUGGAUCGAUGUUUUCAACAACGUUGAGGAUGAAGAUGAGGAUCGUCGACCUGUUAGCCAGCCUGCAACCGCAGAGUCUCCCGAGGCGAGACCAACCCUUGGCCGAUUGACACUCGAGAUAACCAUGCGGAACCAAGUCAUUUACCUCAGUCCACCGGUAGAAUACGCCAGGGCAAGCUGGCUCGAACAGCUCCAGCAAUGGCUUGCCAUAGUCUGUACCCUUCAGAAAAUCAAGGCCUCGCGUUAUGAGAUCCGAUUGGAAGCGACCGAGGACGCCUCCGCCAACCAGUUCGCAGAUCUACCUAGUCGAUGCACAGACUCUUUGAUCGAGGUGUACGGUGCCGUUGAGGGUAAACUGCGUGAUGUUUCCUCCUACGUGGACGAGUGGCUUCAGUUCCAAUCACUCUGGGAUCUACAAUCCGAACAAGUUUAUGACAUUCUCGGUGAAGACCUCGCGAAAUGGCUGCAACUGCUCCAGGAGAUCCGAAAGACCCGCUCAACCUUCGACAACUCCGACAUCAGCCGCCGAUUCGGAUAUGUCACUGUAGACUACGAUCAAGUGCAGGUCAAGGUGAAUGCCAAGUACGAUCAGUGGCAACAGGAAAUCCUGACCAAAUUCGCGUCCAGGCUCGGCCAGCGCAUGAACGACGUCUUUGUGCAGAUUUCAAAGGCACGAAAGGACCUCGAAGUGCAGACGCUUGAAGCUUCAUCUACUGCACAAGCGGUAUCGUUCAUAACUACGGUUCAGCAAUGUAAGAGGAAGGUCGUAGAAUGGGAACCCGAGAUUUCCACUUUCAGACAAGGACAGGCUACCUUGAGCCGUCAACGCUAUCACUUUCCAUCUGACUGGCUUCAGAUGGAUCAGAUUGACCACGAGUGGCAGACGCUGAACGAAAUUCUGGAGAGGAAGACCAAGGUUGCCAACGAACAGGCUGACGCUCUGCGGGCCAAGAUCGCUGCUGAGGAUAAGAUUGUCAACCAGAAGAUCGCGGAUAUGACGUCGCAGUGGUCUGAAGAGAAGCCUGUCACUGGGACUCUUGCGCCAGCGGAAGCCUUGAGCAUUCUCGGCACAUUCGAACAAAAGAUUGGCCAGUUGGAAUCGGAAUCUGGAAACAUAUCGAAAGCCAAGGAAGCUCUCAAUUUGCCGUCCUCGUCUCAGAACGCCCUUCAGGUCUUGCUUGAAGAAGUGCGCGACUUCAAAUUCGUUUGGGAUACUCUCAGCAGUCUCUGGGGUGCUAUCGACGAUCUCCGCGAAGCCCUCUGGACUACGAUUCAGCCGCGCAAACUACGUGGCCACCUCGAUAACCUGAUCAAGACGGCACGAGACUUGCCCAGUCGUCUGCGCCAAUACCAGGCGUAUGAGUACUUCCAGAUAACGCUCAAGCAACUCCAGAAAGAAAACGCUAUCAUUAGUGAUCUCAAAUCUGAUGGUAUGAAGGAGCGACAUUGGGCCCGGAUCUUCAAGCAAUUGAAGCCGCAGAAGCGCUACUCGGCUGUGUCUAUGACCGUUGGCGAUGUCUGGGAUCUCAAGCUCGGCCCUAGCGAGAAGAUCAUCCGUGAAGUCAUCACUCAAGCUCAAGGUGAGAUGGCACUUGAAGAGUUCAUCAAGCAGGUUCGUGAGACGUGGCAGAACUACGCUCUGGAGCUCGUCAACUAUCAGAACAAGUGCCGUCUCAUCCGUGGCUGGGACGACCUGUUCGCCAAGUGCAGCGAGAAUUUGAACUCGCUACAAGCUAUGCGACACUCACCUUACUACAAGGAGUUCGAGGAGGAAGCCUCUGCAUGGGAAGAUAAGCUCAACCGCGUCCAUGUUCUCUUCGACGUGUGGAUCGAUGUUCAGCGUCAAUGGGUAUACCUGGAGGGAGUGUUCACAGGCAACGCAGAUAUCAAGCACCUGCUGCCCAUGGAGUCGACUCGAUUCCAGAACAUCAACUCCGAGUUCCUGUCCGUCAUGAAGAAGGUCAUGCGUCAGCCCUUUGUUCUAGACGUUCUCAAUAUUUCCGGAGUGCAGAAGUCUCUCGAACGCCUGGCUGAGCUCCUGAACAAGAUCCAGAAAGCCUUGGGAGAGUACCUCGAGCGCGAGCGUGUGUCCUUCCCCCGCUUCUACUUUGUUGGUGACGAGGACCUACUGGAGAUCAUCGGUAACAGCAACGACGUUCUUCGUAUUGCCAAACAUCUUAGGAAGAUGUUCGCUGGUAUUUCUGGCUUGAUCACAGACGAAGAUGGUCUCAUCACAGGCUUUACGUCGAAAGAAGGUGAAGAGGUGAUGCUUCGAAAGGAGAUUUCUCUUGUCAAGACACCUAGGAUCAACGAGUGGCUUGGAGCGUUGGAAGCAAACAUGAAGACAACGUUGGCGGAGCUGACAUUCGAAGCCUACGAAGAAUUUGCUCAGCUCAUGAUACCCGAGGCGAUUGAUUCUGAUGCUUUCACUGCCUACAUCGCGAAGUACCCGGCUCAGAUCGUCGUCCUCGGAACGCAGAUCGCCUGGACUCAUGCCGUGGAGAAGUCGCUCAUCGAGGAAGGAACUUCACUGCCUGAGUUAUACGAGAAACAAGUCAACACUCUCAAGUUCCUUGCUGCUGCUGUGCUGGGUGAUCUGGAACCCAUUCAUCGCAGGAAAUGCGAGGAUCUUAUCACCGAAUUCGUCCACCAACGCGAUAUGAUCUAUAAAUUGAACAAGGUUGGCGCACGCUCACCUACGCAUCACAUGUGGCUUCUUUGCAUGCGCUACAUGUACGAGCCCGAGCACGACCUAUUGAAGCGUCUAAAGAUCAAGAUGGCCAAUGCUGUCCUCGAUUACGGUUUUGAGUAUCUUGGUGUACCGGAUCGCCUUGUUCGAACACCGCUUACCGAUCGCUGUUUCCUCACCCUCACACAAGCGCUUUGCCAGCGACUUGGAGGUUCGCCAUAUGGACCUGCCGGUACCGGUAAGACUGAGUCAGUCAAGGCUCUUGGUGUGCAGCUUGGUCGAUUCACCCUUGUCUUCUGCUGUGACGACACAUUCGAUUUCCAGGCUAUGGGCCGUAUCUUCCUCGGUAUCUGUCAAGUUGGCGCCUGGGGUUGUUUCGAUGAGUUCAAUCGUCUAGAAGAGCGCAUCCUUUCCGCUGUAUCUCAGCAAGUGCAAAACAUCCAACUCGGGUUGAAGAAGGGUGCCGAGGACGAAAAGGCACAGAUCGAGCUCAUUGGUCGCCAGCUUAGUGUCAACGGUAACACUGGUAUCUUUAUCACGAUGAAUCCCGGCUACGCAGGUCGAUCUAACUUGCCUGAUAACUUGAAGAAGCUAUUCCGAAGCAUUGCCAUGUCCAAGCCUGACAAGGAACUGAUUGCCGAAGUCAUGCUUUACUCCCAAGGUUUCUCGCAAGCCAAAGAGCUUUCCAAGCAGGUCGUUCCGUUCUUCGAUAAGUGUUCUGCCGGCCUUUCGAAGCAGGCCCAUUACGAUUUUGGGUUGCGUGCUCUGAAGAGCGUACUAGUCAGCUCUGGUGGUCUCAAGCGAGCCCGCAUUUCCGUGCAAGAUGCUGAGUUCCCCGACGAAGCGAUCAUGGAACCCCAGAUCAUCAUUCAGAGCUUGCGAGAGACGAUCGCACCAAAACUCAUCCGAUCCGAUGUUGAACUCAUGCUGGCUAUCCAAGAAAACUCUUUCCCAGGCGUCGAAUACAUUCCUGCACCCCUGGACAAGCUGACAGAGGCAAUUCGCCAGAGUGCCGCGGAGUCGAAACUGGUUGUCAGCGAUGCUUGGAUGACGAAGAUUAUCCAACUCUACCAAAUCCAGAACCUACACCACGGUGUUAUGAUGGUGGGUUCUUCGGGAUCUGGUAAGUCUGCAGCUUGGAGGACACUUCUCUCCGCACUUCAAACGGUUGAAGGGGUCGAGGGUGUUUGCCAUGUCAUUGAUCCCAAGGUCAUGUCCAAGGAACAGCUUUACGGAAACCUCGACAGUACCACCCGCGAGUGGACUGACGGCCUGUUUACUAGCAUUUUGCGCAAGAUCGUUGACAACCUUCGUGGUGAAGAUACUAAGCGACACUGGAUUGUCUUUGAUGGCGAUGUCGAUCCUGAAUGGGUCGAGAACUUGAACUCCGUUCUCGAUGACAAUAAGCUCCUUACUCUGCCCAACGGUGAGCGUCUCAACUUGCCAUCCAAUGUUCGCAUCAUGUUCGAAGUCGAGACGUUGAAGUACGCCACCCUCGCUACGGUCUCUCGUUGCGGUAUGGUCUGGUUUAGUGACGAUACUGUCGAUGUGGAGAUGAUGAUCAAGAACUAUAUCGAACACCUCAAGAGCACGCCAUUUGAGGAUAUUGAGGAUGACUCUGUUGCUCCAGGCCAGAUGUCUCAGAAUACUCUGUCAACUCAGGACAUGGUUGCAGAAUUUCUGCAUGUCAAACUUACACAAGAUCACUUCAUCGAGAAGGCGCUCAGCAUGGCCAGAAGGUUCAAGCACAUCAUGGAGUACACUGACAUUCGUGCUUUGAACACGUUGUUCUCUCUUCUCAACAAGGCAUGCCGCAACGUGCUCGAGUACAACGUUCAGCAUCAGGACUUCCCGCUUGAGGAGGAAAAGAUGGAAAUUUACCUGGCUAAGAAACUGCUUGUCGCCAUUGUUUGGGCUCUGGUGGGUGACUGCCCGCUGUCAGAUCGCAAGGAGUUUGGUGAUCUCAUCGCCAGCCUGGCCGAUGUGGAGGUACCGACACUGACGGAAUCCACCUCGCUCAUUGAUUACGAUGUCAAGCCUGGUAAGACGGAGUGGAACAUGUGGCAGAACGAGGUUCCGAAUGUCGAAGUCAACACUCACUCUAUCGUUCAAACUGACGUGGUUAUUCCAACUCUGGAUACGGUUCGCCACGAAGAUGUCUUGUACUCAUGGCUCGCAGAGCACAAGCCUCUCUUACUCUGUGGUCCUCCAGGAUCUGGCAAGACCAUGACCCUCUUCAGUGCCCUUCGUAAAUUGCCGAACAUGCAGGUUGUCGGCCUCAACUUCUCGAGCGCAACGACUCCGGAUCUUCUCAUCAAAACUUUCGAACAGUACUGCGAGUACAAGAAGACGUUGAGUGGCGUGCAACUCACCCCGACCCAGGUUGGGCGUUGGCUCGUUAUCUUCUGCGACGAGAUUAAUUUACCCGCACCCGACAAGUAUGGUACACAACGAGCCAUCUCCUUCCUAAGGCAACUUGUUGAGCACAACGGCUUUUGGAGGACGUCUGACAAAACUUGGGUUACCCUCGAUCGCAUCCAGUUUGUUGGCGCUUGUAAUCCCCCGACUGAUGCUGGCCGUACACCAAUGGGUCUUCGGUUCCUGCGACACGCUCCGCUUAUCAUGGUCGACUACCCUGGCGAGCAAUCGCUCCUCCAGAUCUACGGUACUUUCACUAGCGCUGUGCUCAAGAUCAUUCCAACGUUGCGCGGUUCCUCCGAUGCCUUGACUAAAGCCAUGGUGCAGUUGUAUGCUGAGUCACAAAAGAGAUUCACGCCAGAUAUCCAGCCACAUUACGUCUACUCUCCCCGUGAGCUUACGCGAUGGGUUCGGGGUAUCUAUGAGGCUCUCAAGCCAAACGAGACGUUGUCCGUCGAAGGCCUCGUCAGGAUCUGGGCUCAUGAAGCUCUGCGUCUCUUCCAGGAUCGUCUCAUUGCCGAAGAGGAGAGGAAUUGGACCGAAGAAUGCGUGCACCGAGUGGCAAUGCAGCACUUCCCUACCAUCGAUGAAGAGGAGGCUCUUGGCGGGCCUAUCUUGUUCUCCAAUUGGCUGUCGAAGGACUACGUACCAGUGAAACGCGACGUGCUUCGAGACUAUGUCAAAGAACGACUCAAGAUCUUCUGCGAAGAAGCGGUCGAUGUUCCGCUGAUUCUUUUCAACGAUGUACUCGAACAUGUUCUCCGCAUCGAUCGUGUAUUCCGUCAACCACAAGGUCAUCUCAUUCUCAUUGGUGUUAGCGGCUCCGGAAAAACUACACUGUCAAGGUUCGUCGCUUGGAUGAACAACCUGAGCGUGUACCAAAUCAAGGUUCAUGGGAAGUACUCCGGCGAAGACUUUGAUGAAGACUUGCGCAACGUGCUUCGACGUUGUGGAUGCAAGGGUGAGAAGAUCUGCUUCAUCAUGGACGAAGCUAAUGUCCUCGACUCGGGUUUCCUUGAGCGCAUGAAUACUCUUCUUGCCAACGCAGAGGUUCCUGGAUUAUUCGAGGGUGACGAAUACGCUGCCUUGAUGACUGCUAUCAAGGAAGGUGCUCAACGACAGAAUAUCACUCUCGAUUCGCAAGAAGAACUCUACAAGUGGUUCACGCAGCAGAUCGUCAAGAACCUUCACGUGGUCUUUACCAUGAACCCACCUGAAGGAGGUCUCUCUUCCAAGGCUGCCACUAGUCCCGCCCUGUUCAAUCGUUGUGUGCUCAACUGGUUUGGAGACUGGUCAGAUCAAGCUUUGUACCAAGUCAGCUCCGAGCUUACUCAGUCUGUCGACCUUGACCGGCCGAAGUACGUCGCACCAGACAGCAUUCCAGUCGCUUAUCGCGGCCUCAAUCUUCCACCAACUCACCGGGAGAGCGUGGUCAAUGCUAUGGUUGCCGUUCAUCAUUCUCUGCGGUCGAAGAACGACAAAUUACAAAAGACGCAGAACCGAAGGAUGUACCUCACUCCUCGACACUUCCUCGACUUUGUCGCGCAGUAUGUCAAGCUAUACAAUGAGAAGCGUGAGGAUCUUGAAGAGCAACAGCGUCAUCUCAACGUCGGUCUUGAGAAACUUCGAGAGACGUUUGACAAGGUUGCAGAGUUGCGUAUCAGCCUUGCUGAGAAGAAGACUCAACUAGAGCAGAAGGAUGCCGAAGCGAACAGUAAAUUGCAGCAAAUGGUGCAAGAUCAACAGGAGGCUGAGCGAGAGAAGAAGGGCUCAGUCGAGCUCCAGGCUGCGCUUGCGAUAAGCAAAGUAGAGAUUGAGAAACGACAGGAGGUAGUAAACACUGAUCUGGCAGCGGCUGAACCUGCAGUUUUGGAAGCGCAGAAGAGUGUCCAGAACAUCAAACGACAGCACCUUACUGAAGUGCGAUCUAUGCAGAACCCUCCUGCAGGUGUCAAACUGGCUUUGGAAGCCGUCUGCACUCUUCUUGGCCACAAACCCGACAGCUGGAAGACUAUUGUUCAAAUCGUCAGGCGUGACGAUUUCAUUGCCAGCAUUGUUCAGUUCGACAACGAGAAGCAAAUGACAGCUCCACUUCGUAGGAAGAUGCUGAACGAAUACCUGUCGAAGGAUAAUUUCACGUUCGAACAGGUCAAUCGUGCUUCCAAGGCCUGCGGUCCGCUCGUGCAGUGGGUCUCAGCUCAAGUCACUUACUCCGACAUCCUGGAUCGAGUUGGACCAUUACGCGCUGAGGUCGAUAGCUUACAGUUCGAGUUGAAGAAGACGGAAGACACCGCCAUGCAAACCGAGAAGGCGAUCCACAGCCUCGAAGGCAGCAUCUACCGCUACAAGCAAGAGUAUGCAGCAUUGAUCAGUCAGACACAGGCUAUCAAGACAGAGAUGUCGGCUGUUCAGUUCAAGGUUGACCGCAGCGUACGCCUCCUUGACAGUUUAUCCUCCGAGCAACAGCGCUGGGAACAGAGCAGCACGUCUUUCGACUCUCAGAUCGACACCAUUGUGGGAGACGUUCUUGUGGCUGCUGCUACUAUCGCCUAUGCAGGUUACUAUGACCAGCAAUACAGGAAAGCUCUUACCGAAGACUGGUUCGAUCACCUCAAGCACUCGGGUAUCAGCUUCAAGACGCCAAACCCAUUCACAGAGUAUCUAUCUACUGCCGAUGAUAGACUGACUUGGCAACAUAAUGGUCUGCCUGUAGAUGACCUAUGCACUGAGAACGCCAUCAUCCUCAAACGCUUCAACCGCUAUCCACUGAUUAUCGAUCCAUCUGGCAGGACCACGGAGUUUUUGCAGAACGAAUGCAAGGAUCGCCGUCUUACUGUCACCAGCUUUUUGGACGAUUCGUUCACAAAGCAGCUUGAGAGUGCUCUGCGUUUCGGCAAUCCUAUCUUAAUUCAGGACGCCGAGCAUCUGGAUCCAAUCCUCAAUCACGUUCUCAACAAGGAAUACCAAAGGACUGGAGGACGUGUUCUUAUUCAACUCGGUAAACAGGAGAUCGACUUUUCACCUUCGUUCCGCCUGUAUCUGUCCACACGAGAUCCUUCAGCCAACUUCCCGCCUGAUAUCUGCAGUCGAACGACGUUCGUCAACUUCACAGUCACGCAGAGCAGUUUGCAGACGCAGACCCUCAAUGAAGUCCUCAAGUCUGAGAGGCCCGAUGUCGAUGAGCGACGAUCAAAUCUUAUCAAGAUGCAAGGUGAGUUCGCUGUACAUCUUCGCCAACUUGAGAAGCGCCUCCUGCAAGCCCUCAACGAGUCUCGUGGCAACAUUCUUGACGAUGAUCGUGUCAUCGAGACUCUGGAGACACUCAAGAAGGAAGCAAAGGAGAUCUCGGACAAGGUGUCCGAAACCGCGGGCGUCAUGACGGAAGUGGAGAAUAUCACCAAGGAGUACACUGUUGUCGCUCGUUCUUGCUCGGCCAUCUUCGCCGUAUUGGAGCAGCUGCAUCACCUCAAUCACUUCUACCAGUUCUCGCUUCAGUACUUCACUCAGAUCUUUGAGACUGUACUUCGCAAGGUCAGGAACUCUUCCGCAACUGGGCACGCCGCUCGUAUCGAUCAGAUUAUCGCUGAGCUCUUCGUCGAUGCAUACCGCCGUACAUCGCUCUCGCUACUUCAGAAGGAUCGUGUCACGUUUGCAAUGCUUUUGGUGCAAGCUGCGCCGUACAAGAUGGACAAGACCCAUAUCGACAAGAUUCUUGACACCGACCUGGAGGGCGUUGAUGUGUCUACUCAACCGGAUCGCAAGAACGAAGCCAUGGAACGUGCGAGCAAAAUGUCAAUCUUCAAGGGCGAGCUCGAGAAGGUUGACGCCACCGCCUGGGAUGCUUUCCUGACAGAGGAGCUGGGAGACCAAUACGUGCCCCAAGUCUGGGCUGAGGAUCUCAACAAGCUCGACAAACAUCUCCGAGCGCUUAUUCUCGUCAAGUUGUUCCGUGUGGACCGAUUCGUGCCAGCUGUCGAGCGCUUCGUCGUUGAGGUGUUUGGAAAAGAUAUCUUGGAUGUCAGCGGUGAUCUUGGAGAUAUCGUCAAGCAAGUUACUGCAACUACACCUGUGGCUCUUAGCUCCAGUCCCGGAUUCGAUGCAAGUUACAAAGUCGACAACCUCGUUCAGCGAGAAAACGUUUCUUGCACCAACAUUGCCAUGGGUUCAAACGAAGGCGCAGCAUCGGCAGACAAGGCUAUCGCCAACGCGAUCAAUACUGGAAACUGGGUACUUGUCAAGAACGUUCACCUGGCUCCACAGUGGCUGCAGUCGCUUGAGAAGAGGCUCGAAGCGCAUAGACCCAACCCUAACUUCCGUCUGUUCCUGUCCAUGGAGUCAAACCCGAGAAUCCCAGUCAACCUCCUUCGGGCUUCGCGCGUUCUGUCGUACGAGCAGCCUGCUGGUAUCCGUGCCAACAUGAAAGACUCGCUGUCUUCUCUAGCCGAGAAGGCUACCAAACCACCAGUGGAGAAGGCGCGCCUUUACCUGAUCUUGUCUUUCUUGCACGCUGUGGUGCAAGAGCGUCUCCGAUACGCACCCAGCCUAGGAUGGAAGGGCUUCUGGGAGUUCAAUGACAGCGAUUACGAAUGCUGCAGCUUCAUCAUCGACACGUGGAUGGACACCGUCGCUCAAGGCCGCUCUAACGUCGCCCCCACCAAGAUCCCAUGGGACAUGAUUCGCACGCUUAUCAUCGAAAUGUACGGCGGCAAGAUCGACAACGAGGGUGACUGGAACACGCUCGCGUCUAUCGUCAAGGACUGCAUGACGCCUGCUGCUUUCGAGGACAACUUCAAGAUCGUCAAGGACACAGACGUCAGCCAAGGUCUUGAGCUACCCAGCACGACUAGCUGGAAGGACUUCAUGCAGUGGGUCAACAAUCUUCCGGAACGUGAGCCGCCGACCUAUCUUGGGCUGCCGGCGAACGCCGAGAAACUGCUGCUUGUGGGCCAGGCGAAGGAGAUGGUGGGCAACUUGAAGAGAGUGGUUGAGAUGCUGGAUGAGGGGGAGCAGAUCAUGGCUGAGGCGGAAGGUUGAAGAGUGUAAUGGAUGGGGACUACGCAUUUGUUGCAGGCUCUAGAUGAGCGCUGCUUUCUUUCCAGGUUCGAAUCGUUGCUGUAAAUUAGUUGGACAUUGCGGGAG